UUAUAAAGGAAAUGCUGCGUUGCGGAGCAGGACAGAAGGGGUUCUCUGAUAGGGCAACAAAAGUUUACACAACCAGAACCCAUCUUGUUACACUUUUUUUUUUAAAAAAAUCAGCUUUCUCUCGCUAGGUUUGAUUUAUGCUCGAUUGGAAGAUGACCACGGCCGUGUUGUCGCCUUUCUUCGACUUUAGCGAAGUGAUCAACAACAAGAAUAAAAUGCUGAACUACAAUAACAACAUCCUCAGAACUCCGCACUCUGUCUCUGUCCCUUGCACGGGGGCCAGUCUGCCCAUCUCCAACCCCAUUGGGAGCCUGCUGGACAGGAAGGCUGUGGGGACACCCUCCACUGGUGGGGUUUACCAGCGCCGGCACUCAGUCACUUCGGCUAGCACCAAAUUCAACCAAAACCAGUUCUUGAACAUUGCAAAGGUGGAUCCAUCCCUGCUCAGCUUGGGGACGGGUAGCAGCAACAAAGAGAACCGGCUCCGAGACCGUUCUUUCUCAGAAACGGGGGAUCGCCUGCUACAGAAGUGUUCGGGCCCUGGAGGCUCCAACAGUCAGGUCAACUCCAGCCGCUACAAAACAGAGUUAUGCAGACCUUUCGAGGAGAAUGGCAUCUGCAAGUAUGGUGACAAGUGCCAGUUUGCCCAUGGCAUACACGAGCUGCGUAGUCUAAGCCGCCAUCCCAAGUACAAGACAGAGCUCUGCCGCACAUUCCACACCAUCGGCUUCUGCCCCUAUGGCCCACGUUGCCACUUCAUUCACAAUGCAGAAGAGCGCCGUGGACCUCCACCUACCCCGUCCCCCCUUUCAGCCUCUAAUAAGAUGGAGCGGCCACGCCUGCAGCACAGCUACAGCUUUGCGGGGUUCCCCAGCUCAGGAGGCCUGCAGGACAGCCCUACCUCCAUCACCCCGCCACCUAUGUUUUCCCCUGAUGAGCUGCCCGAGUGGCCUAGCAGCAACCCCUUCACAUAUUCCAGCCAGGAGCUGGCCAACCUCUUCAGUCCCAGCAUGGGCAGUGCACCUUUGUCUUGCUCUGACCCCUCCACCCAGGCGCCAUCCUCUCCAAUCUCAACCCCUUACUACUUCAGGACCAUGUCAGAGUCUCCUCAGUUCUUUGAGUCUCCAGCCAGCCAGCCUGACUCUUUGUCUGACCAGGAGGGAUACCAGAGCAGCUCUGGCGGAAGUCUGAGCGGCUCAGAAUCACCCGUCCUUGACACCACCCGUCGAUUGCCUAUCUUCAGCAGGCUUUCCAUCUCUGAUGACUAAAGCACACUGAGCCAAACCCCAUUACCCCCUUCCCACUGCAUGUAGCAGUCUAAGGCAGAGAGGAUGAGACUCUAGCACUCCCUCUACCUAUUGCCAUUUCUCUGGCCUUCUAGAAGCCGUAGACAUCCCUCCUUGUGUCACAUAUGCUCUGAAAAACGAUGCAGUGAAUUAAGGGAUCUUUCUCUUUCGGAAAACUCUUUUUAACCAGAACAAGCUAAAACUCUCCCGGUCUCAAAACCCUCCUGAUUUUCUGGGCCUUGUCUUGCAGAGCCCAUGCUACGUUCUUGGUGUGACUGUGCCUAACAAGCAGAGUAGGAAGUGGAUUAGCAAAAUGCUAAUCGGGAGAGGUAUGAGACUGUUGUGCCAAUCAAGUGUAGCAGAACCGGUGGCACAGUUCAGGGUGAGAUCUGCACCCUUCUCCCUUGCAAAUCGGCACACUCUAUUUCAAGGACACACUUUCAUAAAUAACUAAAGUUCACAAGUGUCAUGCUUAGACCUUUCACAACUGUCUUUGUAAACCAUCUUAAAGCAAAAAGAGGAAAACGACGUGCCUGGGGUUAAGUGUUGGGGGUGAAUGGGCCACUGUUUAUUUAAAAAAUAUAUAUAUUAUUAUUUUAUUUUUAUAUUUUUUGUUCCUUGUGGCCUGAUUGUGAAGCUCUUAUUUAGAGUGGUUGCUCCCCUCCUUUAAAUUGCAGACUACACCAGUCUGCAGGAAGGACUUCUCUCAUGAGGGUUGAAUGAAAUUGGAGUUCUGGAAUAUUUCAGGCACGUUCUAAUGUUCAGUCAGGUGCUAUAUGCUCCAUGUUUCAUAAAGCCCCCACAAAACCCUUAGAUGGGAUGUCUCCACUCAAAAACGAACAAGUCAUUACGUUUUUUUUUUUUUUUUUUUCGUAGUUGUUGUUAUCCCCAUUUCGCAUUAGUUGCUGAUUAUUUAACAUUUGUUGGAAAGGGAAUCUUGUUAUUAAACUUUCUUCUUUCCCACCUCAAAAGGCUGUCCCCUCCUAAGGCCAAUCGGCAAACGGAGGGGGAAUUCCAUCAUUCCCAGGGUGCAUCUAAACUUCUUUGCAGCUUCAGUUCUUCAUCCAAGCAUGCUCUUCCCCAUAGAUUCUGCUCAGAGGAGCACAUUGUAAUUUCACCACUCAUCUAUACACCUUGGUUUUUUAUUUGUAUUAUGGUUAUAUUAUUGUUAUUGUUUGAAAACCUUCCAGAACAGAAGGUUUUGCUUGUCACUGCUUAUUUAACUUAUCAAAAAACAUAUUUAUUGGUGAUCAUAUGCAUUUUUUUUGUUAAUUUUGUUUGUAUUUAUCUUGAUAAUGAAACGAUAGAAUCUAUUUUCUUUUAUGUUAAAUUAUGAUCUUCUGUAUUAAUCUUAAGAUU